AUGAGUGCAUUAAUGGGCCAUCCAUUGUUCCCAAACUUUGUGUGGGAGUCAACGGGAGAGUACGAGAGCUACAACAUUGUCGGAGAUAACCAUAUCAACGACACGUAUCUUGAUUUUCCGGUGCAUGAGUCGUAUGGAGUGGCUCAUCAUCAGACCAGCUUAGGGGUUUCUGUUUCGUCGGAGGGAAAUGGAAUAAACAACAAUUCUGUCGUGAUCAAGAAGCUUAAUCACAAUGCUAAUGAACGUAACCGUCGCAAGAAAACCAACUCUUUGUUCUUGUCUCUUCGUUCAUGUCUUCCAGGCCCUGAUGAGCCGCUAAGUAUUCCUCAGACGCUUUCGCGAAGCGUGCAGUACAUACCUGAGCUGAAAGAGCAAGUAAAGAAGCUAAAACAAAGGAAGCAAGAACUCUUGUUGCGAGUAUCGGGUCAAAGAGAACGUUACGUUAAGCUGCAACCAAAUGUGGUCGCUAGUUAUGUCUCCACUGUUUUUGCGACUGAGUUAAGAGACAACGAAGUGAUGGUACAAAUCUCAUCGUGGACCAAAUAUCAUAAUUUUUCGAUAUUUAAUGUGUUGAGUGGAUUAGAAGAAGAUGGGUUUGUUUUAGUAAAUGUUUCAUCUUCGAGCUCUAGAGGAGAACGACUCUUCUACACUUUGCAUCUUCAAGUGGGCAAGAUCGAUAAAUACAAGCUAAUUCGCGAAGAGUUGAGUCAAAGGGUUUUGUACUUAUAUGAGGGAUGUGGAAACUCGUUUAAAAGAUAA